AUGCACACCAAUUCGCCCGACUUGGAGAAGUCAGGAGCAGUAGGGGAGGAUAUCAGGUCGCCUCUGCCUGCUACCGACAAGCCAGACAUUGAAGUGACCGGCUUAUUGUCAGCGUGGGAACCGUCGCCAGCACAGGUCCGCCAUGUCGUGCGCAAGAUUGAUAUGGUCCUUAUUCCCCUUAUGUGUGGGUGUGUCUUUUUGCAAAUGUCAGACAAAGGGCUGCUCAACUCUGUCUCUCUCCUGGGGUUCAUGUCUGACAUCCGCCUGGAGAACCAGCAGCAGUUCGCUUGGAUUUCGAGCAUCUUCUACUUUGGCUACUUGCUUGGCUGUUUUGGGCACGCGUAUUUCAUCCAGCACUGGGUACUGAGUCAGUACAUUGGUGCUGUGGUCACACUAUGGGGUAUCCUGGCGGCGUGCCAUGCGGCGUGCCAUUCCUACAGCGCCUUUUUGGCGGUCCGGUUUUUCUUGGGCCUUAUGGAGUCAGCCAUCACCCCCUCGUUUAUUCUAAUGACAGGGAGGUUUUACACGCACGAAGAGCAAGUUAUUCGUAUGAUCAUCUGGUUUUCGAUGAAUGGUGUUGCGCAAAUUGUCAGCGGGGCUGCCACGUUCAGUGAAUUGAUCCAUACGCCGUCGACCAUGACGAUGUGGCAGAACCUCUUCCUGAUUUAUGGCGUCAUAACCAUUGCAUUUGGCAUCCUGUGUUUCUUCGUCAUGCCCUCUUCGCCAGACACGACCCACUAUUUCAGCGAGGAAGAACGCGCCGCUGCCAUAUACCACAUCGCUGCCAACCAGUCGGGCAUUCACAGUUCAAAGUUCAAAUGGUCCCAAUUCCGCGAGGCCUUGUUGGAUAUCCGGCUCUACAUCUACUUUGUCGGUUGGGUCUGCCUGUGCAUUGUGAAUGGCGGCAUUACCACCUUUGGCAACCAGAUUAUCCGGAGUUUCCAUUACGACAACAAGCAAUCGUCCUUGCUGAGCAUGACACUUGGCGGUGGCGAGGUGGUCGCUGUGUUUUUGAAUGCGGCUUUCUUUUACUUUUUGAAACGCCGUGAUGUCAUCAUGAUUGGCGGUCUGCUGGUGUCAAUGGCGGGGGCGAUCAUGAUGGUGGCGAUCCCCGCGUCUGUGAAAGCCGGUAGGAUGACAGGUGCGUGGCCGUGA